GCUGAUUUCAGUUAAUUGUUGAACUGUCUUCCGCGAUCGACUACGCCCGCUGCCGAGAUGGCGAAAUUUCUGCAACUGCAUCGUCCUACUACGUAUUCCUGUCUUCAAGAGUCAAUUCCAAAACCUGAGCUCGCGCUUCCCAAACAUGGAAGCUUGCCGCUAUGGGAGACGCUAGCCCUGGACCGAAAACUGCCAGCGAUAGCCUGUCCAAUUCACCCACCCACCUUCAGUCGGGGAAAACUUGGGCAGCACCUUUGGACCAAACCGGAUAACUAUGGAUUCGACCUGACCGACCCGCUCGGUCACGACGUGUCCUACGGUUAUCUACUGCCGCACGACAAGCAUCUGAAAGGGUACUACCGGGAUGAGAGGAUCAAAGAUGGAUUAAAAUAUCACGAAAUAAUCAACAGUAGAAACGAAGUCGUAUGCUCCUUAGCGGAGUUCAAUCGAUUUAGAAGCUAUUUAUGGAAAUACCAUAAACACGAAAUUCGUAAAGAAUUUCAAAAGCUGGAUCGUGCCUGGUGGAAGGCAUACCACGACAAGCUAGCUGCUUUGCACAUUAAAAAACACUACGAUUUUGAGGGGAAAAUGGAACGCACGAGGUGCGCUGGAAACUCAUUAAGAAGGGCAAAGAAACAAAGAACCCUGAAAGCAAUUUUUAAGUACGAGAAAAAUUUGCAUCGGUUUUUGGAAUGUCGCGAAAAAGAUAAACAACUCAGAAUGUUAAACGGUCAUCUUAGGACAUUAAAAUCCAAUUACAACAAAGCACUGAUUUAUGCUUCUAGAAAAUCAUAUCGAUUACGACUUAAACGACGAUUAAGAGUAAGAGAUCACAUCAAAACUCGUCGAAUGGCAAUCCUGAAAAAACGAAACCUCGAGUCAAAGAGAAUAAUGCGCAAAGAACGUCACAAAAUGUUAUUCAUAUCGGCACAGCAAGCGGAAGCCGAACGGCAAGCCGUCCUUGAAAACUUACUCCAGCACACACAGAUGAACGUUCAGCGAAGGAUGAUACGAUCGGCCGCUCAACAUGAACGCCUCGAUCGUCAGCUGACUCGUAGGAAGGCACGAAAUUUAGCUAGCAGGUACGACAAACGCACCAAAUCGGCUUUGAUGAAGGCGAUGUUGAAUGCGUGGAACAAAAUUCAGAUACGACAACCGGAUAUCGAGAAACAGCUCUCGCGUGCAUCUGUAGAGAACGCGGUAAACAUGGCGUAUAGCCUUCACAAGACAAUUAGUCCAACCAUCAGUAGUACCCAGAUAAUCGACACGGCUCGCCAAUUGAUCAGUGAUAUGACCAAUAUGCCUACUGAACAGCUGCCGAUGGAUCGACAAACCAUUAGGUAUACCACCAAUGGAAUAGUGGGCAUUAUGUCACAGAUCAGAAAACAGGUGGUUCAAGCUGGAUGUCAGUUGAUUGAACAAGUAGCUACGAAAAUGCGGAACCAAAUCGAGUCCAACGAACGCCGUAGAAGUACUUUAUGCAGUCCUUGGAAUAUGCAUUGGAAACCUUCGUCUCUGCAUAGCCAACCUGAGACAGACCGCCACCGUGUCUCGAUUGGUGAGAUACUAAUUGUUGAUGAAUACCAAACCGAACAGGAACACUUCAAAAAAACACGCAACCGACCACCGACUCCGGUUACAUCGGUCACUUCUCUGGUAAACCAUUUGAUUCACUCCAAUGAACUCCCCAACAGCUCAACGGAAGACCUGGAAAUACCGUCAUCCGUGGUAGCAGCAAUAGAGCGUAGCAUUACAGUGGAAAAUCAUCCACUGAUACAUCUAACUCUAAGACAGAAGCGGUUUCUAGAAACAAAUUUAAUGAAAUUUCGAGCGAUAAUUCAUCAGAACGUAGAAAAAAGAGUUUUGACAGCAAUCGAUGUCUUGCGAUUGGAAAUCGUUGGUCGGAAGGUAAAAAAGCCUAGUGAGACAGAAGGAACUAUAGCUGAAGAGAUAGCACGUAAAAUACUGCUGCUACCCAAGGUGGAUGAACAAUACCCCCAAUUGUUGCUAAAUAUUAUAAAUUUGCUUUACUGCGAGUGUUGUGACGAACUGGAAGAAAUUUUGAACGCACCGUAAGGUGAGGUGUUUAACGCAUCUGAUUCAUCGCAAGUCAUCAAAAAGAUUUUCACAAAAUUACAGUGUGAAUAAACACAACAAUUUGAAA